GUAAACCAAUCUGUCAGCCGCCAUAAUGAACAUAUUUGUCGUCAUGCGGUGAAGUAAAAAUAGAGUCGUGAUCUGAUUUAAGAAGGAUCGGGAGUAUCACGAUGAAGUAUAGACUACUAUCAUCUAGGAGAAGACCCAAGAGACUCGACGGGCUUCGGGGCCACUUCCUUCUCCGCGAUGAACUGCUUGAGCAGGAAAGAGCACUCCUAUCUGGUCAAUGCCCACUGCGAGGUAGAAGAGAGCAAUGUGGAGAAAAGGGAGGGCUGUUAUUUUGCCUGGCUGGACCUGGUGAUGGAAACAAGACCAGAACAAAACACAACUUUAUCUGAAAAUAUGACCCGGCCAAAAGAGAGCUACACUCAGAGGCAAGUGGAUCACUUUUUAGUGCAAAGGUCCCUGGACCAGAGGAUCCGAAUGGGCAGGCUGGGGCAGAGAAUGGAAGAGUAUCAUCUGCCGUACCGGAAUGUGCUCCCAGUGCCCAUGUUCGUGCCCUGGAAUGUGGCAUCGCUCCGGGACUCGCAGCGCACGCCCACCCCUGAGCUGGAGAGAGGGCGGUCAAACGGCUUGUGUGCAGACAAGAAAGAUGUCUCAGAGAUCACAAAAGACAUACCCAAAGUCGUCCAGCCAAGCCGGGUGGACUUCCGAGCGUCUCUUCUUAUCAGCCCUCCAGGAGAAUCAAUCCGGACACUGCAGAGACGCUAGGGACAGCUUGCGGCCGCCUGUUAAUUGUGUCCAACACUUAACAGGCGGGUGAUUUUGGAUCGGGUGAAAUUAAAUAGGUCUAUAAAAAUGCAUAAAAUCUCAUUAUGUAUUCUAACCAGUGCCCAGGCUUUAUUUUAUGGCUUCUGGUUUGAAAGUUUUUUUGUGAAAUAUUAUAAGUGAAGCGGACAAUAUCGGCUAAUUUCUGCGAAUCUCACUUCACCAGUAAUGCAUGACACAUAAAUACAAAAAUAUAACAACAAUAAUAAUAAUUUAGAUUGUGAUAUACAUUUAGUUUAAUUUUAUAAAAAAAUAUUUAAAGCCUAAUUUCUGGUAAAUAUAUUUGGUGCCACAGUAGGGCCGUUUGCCCUCACCCUCAAAAUUGGGGUUUAAAUUCUUUUUCAGUCUA